UAACCGCGUUCUAUAUUGCAUAUGAUCAUCUUCCUGCCUGCUGUCUUGAACGUGCCGAACCCGUGGAAAGUGGACUGCCCCUCAUAAGCAGAAGAAGAGGAUCGUGCUAUAACCAGCGAGGUAUUGCGACAAUGCAUGCACGCGAACUUCCUCGAGCAUGGGUUUUAAGUCUUCUUCAUCUGCAUUUCUGCCGUCUCUCUUCUUCGACUUUUUGAAGUUGAAACUUGUUGUCUUGUAUCGUCCUGGCUAACAUGGAGCAUUCCAUCUUGUUUCUGCCACAAGUCGGGCUCGUGGUGCCUGCACUUGUCCUCGCAGCGCUCAUCUAUCGCAUCGUAUAUACCCAGUUCUUCCACCCUCUUUCCGCCUUUCCUGGACCAUGGUACGCUUCGUCGUUCUCGGUGACUCUGUCCUUGAUCUCCCUCACUAAACGAGAGCCCGAGUAUCUCAUGUACUUGAUCUCGAAAUAUGGCUACGAUAAACCAAUCCGCAUUUCGCCGACCAUGCUAUUCUUCCCCAAAGCAUCAGCCUUGAAGGAUAUCUACCGCUCGCCCUCGUGCAACCGCAAGACCAAUCUCUACGGCUCCGGUGUUCUCGGCCCGCCACACCUCUUCUCCACACUCGACGGCGAGGAACACCGCACCCUGCGUAAAGCGCUGUCCAACGCGCCUUGGACUCUCGGGCAGCUGAAGAGGACCUGGGAAUCGCGGUUCGACGAGCACGUGAAUCUGUUCAUUAGCAAGAUGCAGGAGCACGCGAAGGCAGAGCGAAAAGUGUGUUUGAGCGACAAGGUAGCUGAGUUUGCCGCGGAUAUCAUGUCUAUGGUCUCGUUUACAACUCCGUUCGGGUGUGUCGAGAACCAGGAGGACGUCAGGGGGAUUCUGAGGAACUGGAGGCUGGGAUUGAGCUUCUUCGGGUUUGCGUGCAGGUGGCGCUGGUUCAGGGAUGUCGUGCUGCAGUUGCCCGUUGUGGGAUUGUGGUUCCUGCCUAAAGUGGAGAAUGGGACUGGCAUGGGCUGGCUGAUGUGUGAGGCUGAUCGACAGGUGAGCGUGAGGGAGGAGCAGAACGCUACUACCGAGAAGGACGGAGCCACGGAGGGCAGAAAAGAUUUCAUGCAGUACUGCCUCGAAGCCCGGCUGCCUGAUGGGUCGCCUCUCACGGCAAGUCAGAAGCGAGCACAUGUUACGCUUUUAAUCCAAGCAGGUGCAGACACAACAGGAACCGCAAUGGGAUGCAUCCUACGUUACCUCGUUACAAACCCUAGCGCUCUGGCCAAAGCGCACGCAGAGCUCGAGGCCGCAGACAAAGCUGGUCUACUUUCCGCGCCCAUCCAGUUCGAAGAAACGCGUCAGCACCUGCCUUUCUUUGUAGGAUGCAUUAAAGAAGGCUUAAGAUUGCAGCCGCCUGGAACGAAUCUGUAUGCUCGUAUCGCCCCCAAGGAAGGGAAGGUGAUCGACGGACACUUCGUUCCCGCUGGUACUGAGAUCACAUCUUAUGCGUACUGCGUUCAACGCGAUCGGACCUUUUACAGUGACGAUGCCGAGCAAUUCAAGCCUGAGCGGUGGCUGGAGAGUGAGCAACGAUCAUUCGAGCUGGAGGCAGCGCAGUUCACAUUUGGAAUGGGGCCGCGAGUAUGCUUGGGGAAAGAUGUGGCUGUGAUGGAGAUGUAUAAGCUAUUGCCUGAGAUCGUGAGGCGAUUUGACAUCGAAGUGGUAGAGCCUGGAAGAUACGUUGUCGAUGGAGGCGUCGCCUACAACGUUGGUUUCGUAGGAAAACUGUCUGCUAGAUGAACAGUCGACGAAGUCGUCUUCGCUUCUUCGAGUAGUCAUUAGUCGAGAAGAGUUGAAUGCACACGAGUAGGGUGAAAGCAGGGUGUAUUCCAUCGUAUUUUCUUUUUUUCAAGCAUGGUCGAAGCCGGAGUUUACUUUUAAGUAACGGGAACGGCCCGACGUAUGCAUACGACCGUCGCCAAAGGAAAGGCAGU